AUGACACUAGCUGCUCAAAGCCUAUUUGAUUAUUCAGUCCAGGUGGGGGACUCGAGAUAUGAUCCAUCAUUUAACUAUAUCUGGUACCAGGACCGAGGACAGCUGAACACACGGUUCACUGCCUGGUACAUACCAGGGUUACUGUAUCGAGCAGAAGGCGAUGAUAUUGAGAGAGGCAUCGCUGCUAUCGAAAGCGUCCUUGAUACCCAGUAUACUAAGAAUUAUGAGGCUGCGUGGUAUGGCACAUUCAAAGAUGCAGCUGAUAUUCCGGAUCCGAAGCCUGGUCUGUAUGAGCCUGAAAUCUUCGAGUCAUAUGAUCCAAAUUGGAGGGAGUUCAUUGGAACACAGCUUGUUCAAGUUGUCGAGGAAUUCUCGUGUUUGCUCAGUAAAGACCUCAUACUACGCAUCGAGGAUGCGGUAGAAGCUGCGGCAGUUGGCGGCAUGCGACGCAACGGCACAUUUCCAAAGGAUGACAAUUUGACCAGCGAGUAUUCAAACAUUGCAAUCAUGCGGGCAUUGAAUGUAGGUUGCAUUGGCACGCGACGGAACAAUCAGACUCUCAUCGAGUUCGCCCGGCAAUCUGGCAACGAUAUCAUGGCUCUCUUCCAGCGAGAGGGGCAAAAUGUCUUGGGUGAAUACAACGCUCCCAACUACUAUGGAAUCGUCAAUUGGGCCCUUGCCGCCAAUAUCGCCUACGGACCGGCCGAUGCCCCAAUGACUCUUGGAGCGCCGUUAAUCAUCCGGGAGCUCUGGAAAGAUAUCGCAGCACACUACAACCCAUUUCUUGGCAACAUGGCUGGACCAUACGAUCGCGCCUACACCCGGGAUGCAACCACGCACUCGGCCAUCAUCUCCUUGACCUGGUGGGGCGUGUUUGGUCGAGAGUACGGGCCGCAGCCACUGAGAGGCGAACCUGAUCUGCUAUACGACGUGGUGCAAGGCGCUGCCAUCGCACUUGUUGUCAACCACAUUGCAGAAAAUAUCGACGAUGACACCGCCUCUGUCCUCAAGGCGAAAGGGUGCGCUGGACUUAUGAUCGGUGCCUACACCGUCAAAACCGACAAGGGUUGGGGCGAUCAAUUCGUCCCUGCUAUCGUACACUGGGCUAGUGAACCUGAACACAGCACUUAUCCAUAUAAUGGCUUCUUCUCGCUGUAUCCGACGACGACGGCCAUCGAAGCCGUGGCGGGGCCAAGUUCACUGACUAUCUCGUACCCAGAUUCGACGGCCGAGGGGGCAGAUAUCUUCACGUUUGCGCUUAGCGGGAUCCCGCCUUCGUGGACGCUUCCAUCGAAGAAAGGGAACAUGAUUACGGGCUUUGACAAUCUUCCUUGUCUGGGCGUCAAUGUAUCGGCGCCAGGAUUGCUUCAGCUUGAGGUUGUCUAUGGGGUGCAGUUGAGGGACCACUUCAUUUAUAAUAUUUCCUAUGCGGUGCCAGCAAAUUUCUCGGGGACUCCGCAGAUCGAGUUCGAGUUGAAGCAUACAUGCUGA